CCCAUUGGCUUUUGGUAAUGAUAGUUCCCUGCCAUCAUUUGCCCGUGCAGUCUUCAAUGAAUAUUGUAUGUGCUCUCCGGCUUUGGUGCUUGCCAUUUGAAUCGGCGAGGUUGCGAGGGAAGGUGGAAGGUAUCCUGGAUGAGCACACCACCAGAUGAUGGAAUUUCUCCCGGAGACCGCGGCUGCUCGACCACAACUGUCUCCCCCAGAAAUUAGAUAAGAGAGAGGAGGUUACAAGCGGGGAAGAUGUUCUGCGCCAAGCUGAAAGAGCUGAAGAUAUCCGGAGAGUGUCCGUUCUCCGGCAGCGCCAAAAAUAAUGAGCUCGGAGACUUUGAGGAGCGCUCAACUGACGCCGCGGAUUUAUUGCCCAUUUCUAAGGACUUGCACGGAAAAACAGGCGAGGAUGCGCCGCGACAGAAGACGAGCAGAGCCAAAGUUAACCUGCACACACUUGGGGAGAGCAUCAGAAAACUGGCAUGCCCCGAGUUUCAGAGGCUGCACACUGCCCUCCAACGAAUGAUGACACUAUCGGAUCACAGCAGGGACUCUGAAAGUCCGUCAAAUUGCUGUGCACACUAUCAGAGUUGCAGCGAUGAUUCAGAGCAUCUAGUGGAGAUGAUGAACAUUUAUUCAGCCAAAACAGCGGUCCCGAUGGAACAUUUGAAAGUCGCUCUCGGCGAGGAGAUCUUCAACAUGUGUUACGAGGAGGACAGGCACAUUUUGAGUGUGGUGGGGGGGGCUCUCCACGACUUCCUCAACAGCUUCAACGUCCUGUUGAAACAGAGCAGCAUGUCGCCCAACCCGGAUAGAGAGGGUUGUGUAAACGAACCUUCGGUGCUGUGCUUAGACAAGGAUCCGGGUCUGCUUACUGUCUAUUUCUUCAAUCCUCGCCCGACCACUGAGCUCUUCUUCCCUGGAGUCAUCAAAGCUGCUGCCCGCCUGCUGUACCACACCACUGUGGACGUGCUGAAGGACCCCCCCACUGCUAAAGACAGCAUCUUGCAGUCCAGCCCACAGCCCAGUCUUCUGUACACAGUCAUAGUCAAGGACGCUAAAAAUCUGAGUCCCAGUCCGCUGCGGGCUUCCUCAGCUGGGACUCUUCCUACCUCUCUGUUCUCCACUAUCUUCCCUUUCCAUCUGAUACUGGACCAGGACCUGGUUCUGGUACAAAUAGGACAUGGGCUUAGGAAGAGACUGACCAGGAAGGAAGGACUGCGACGGCUGACUACCUUCCAAGACCACUUCUCUAUUGUCUCCCCCCAGAUCAAGUGUACCUUUCAGGGUAUUCUUACCAUGCUAAAUGCACAGUUUAUUAUUCGGAUCAAGCACGGAGUCUCCUCUGCAGAUAAGACAGGGAAGCCCAUGGACCUUAAAGGUCAGAUGAUUUACGUUUCAGAGUCAAACGCCAUCUUGUUCUUGGGCUCACCGUGUGUGGACAAGCUGGAGGAGCUGACAGGCCGAGGCCUCUACCUGUCAGACAUCCCUGUUCACAACGCGCUGCGUGACGUAGUCCUUGUCGGCGAGCAGGCCAAAGCCCAGGACGGGCUGAAGAAGCGCCUGGGGAAGGCCAAGGCAGCCUUGGAAUAUGCUCACCAAGCACUGGAGGAGGAGAAGAAGAAGACAGUGGACCUCCUCUUCUCCAUCUUUCCGGGCACGGUGGCGCAGCAGCUGUGGCAGGGAGAAACGGUCCAGGCCAAGAAGUUUGACCAAGUCACAAUGCUCUUCUCUGAUAUCGUGGGCUUCACAGCUGUUUGCUCGCGCUGCACCCCAAUGCAAGUGAUCACCAUGCUCAACGAGCUGUACACCAGGUUUGACCACGAGUGUGGAGAGCUUGAUGUUUACAAGGUGGAGACCAUCGGCGACGCCUACUGUGUAGCUGGUGGCUUACACAGGGAGAGUGAGACCCACGCUGUUCAAAUUGCGCUCAUGGCUUUAAAGAUGAUGGAGCUUUCAGAUGAAGUUAGGACGCCGACUGGAGAACCAAUACAGAUGCGCAUCGGCCUCCACAGUGGUUCAGUGCUAGCCGGUGUAGUUGGGGUGAGGAUGCCGCGCUACUGCCUUUUUGGGAACAAUGUCACGUUGGCAAACAAGUUUGAAUCAUGCAGCCAACCCAGAAAAAUCAACAUCAGCCCGACAACGCACAGAUUGCUGAAAGGUCGCCCAGAGUUUGUCUUUGUUCCAAGGAGCAGACAAGAGCUUCCGGCCAACUUCCCAGAAGACAUCCCUGGUGUUUGUUACUUUUUGGAGGCCUCCUCCAAAACUUCCAAGCUGACUGUGAAAUGAAGUCAAACUGCCGCAGCAAAAGAAAAAAAAAAAAGAAAGAAGCAUAAACGUAUCUCGUGAAUACAGUGCAACUACCUUGUACAUUUUAGUUUCAAUAUUGAUUCUAUUUUCAAACGUUUUCAGCUGCUUAAUUACAGAGAUGUCAGUUUGAUGUCAAACAUGAGUGUUGUCUCUCUUCAAUUAUCCAUUUGUACAGUCGUAGUGGAGAGAACCUCGCGCCGUCUUUCUUUCAGGAUGAAUCAUCUCUGCAAACGGAUACGAUAUAAAAAGCAGUUUUCCUUCUGGACAAGAGAGUCUACGUUAUAAAUUGCAUAAUGCAGGCAGAAAUAUCACGGCCCAUGGCAGCACGAUAUUGUAAAUUUGCUGUUGCUGAACAGAUUGUUUCUGUAAAAAAAAAAAAAAAAACGUGACUGAUUCAUUCAUAGUUGACUAGACAAGGUACCUGUAGCACCCUGUCCUAAUGGUAAACAGAAGAAGAUAAAACUUAUGAGAGCGUCAUGACAAAUAAUAUAUAUAUAUUUAAAAAAAAAAAAAAAAAGCUAAAGCAAAGGGUUAUUUUCAAGAUUUAGGUUUCUAAUGAGGCAAUGCGGAGAAGAUUAAGGUGCCUUAGGGGAACUGUACAGGCAGCAUCACAGAUAUUAGUUUUCAAACAAAGGUGAGAUGUAUUUUUAAUAUCAGUUUUCUUCAUUGAACUUAGUCAGUAUGAAUAGAGGCGUCAAUAAUUUCUUCCACAAGCAAACGAAGGAGCAGGAGCAUUGUAUUCGAGGUGUGUGGCAUACUGCAGUAAAGCAUUCCUUCAGUGCAUCCAACCAAUAAACGUAUAUGUAUUUUUAGUUGGUUUUUUUCACUGUACACAUUUAUACAAUAUUUAUUACAUGAGUUUCAUAGCACUCCUUUCAUAUCCAGAGGGAAUACAACACAGCGAGAAUACGAUGAAUGUUUUACCGUCACUCAUACUGAUGUGCUUUAACCAUUAUUGUAAUGUAAUCAAAGUGCAAUAAAUAUGGACAUUAGCAAA